AUGGAAAAGAGCUUUUCCAACGGCAUCGCGUACCUGUACCCCUUCAUCAACGGGACUCUACUGCCCCUCAGCGACUACGACCCAUGCGAAUCAAUAGGACAAUGCGCUCAGGCACUGCUGGCCAGGCGCGACCUUCUCAAGAAGAUGAAACCAGGACAGCAACUGGAGUUUCGCAAGAUUCUAAUGAGACUGAGCCAGGUCGGUGUUGCUUGCAGCCUUCCGGAAAGCGAAUGCGAGGACAUACUAGCGAUGGCCAACCUGAAGAACUUGAACAGAAGAUUCAAAAGAAGAGCCAGGCGGUUUCGUCGUCGAAGGAGGUUAAGGAACCAGGGUGGUGGCAUGUAUCCAGGCGCUGGCGCUGGUGCUGGUGAUUAUUACUACGUGAUCCCCAUUCCGAUACCGCCGUGCGAGCCCAUGCUACCUCCGCCACCACCAACGGAGCAGCCGUUGCCACCGGCGCCACUGCCCCCACCAGAACCAGAAACGCUUCCGCCACCGCCGCCGCCACCACCACCGCCAGAAACAACUACCAGAGCGUCGAUAAUGAUCUGUAUUCCCUGCAUGAUGUCGUACACGCCUUGCCAACCGCCUUGUCCUGUGCCGAGCUACUACUCCGGCGGCGGUUCAUCGUAUAUUCCGGUGUCGUACGGAUCAUAUGGGUCAUACCCGUCUGCUUCCUACGGGGGUUCUUACAAAAGCUCAUACGGUUCAUCUGCUGGAGGGUACGGUUCUCUGACAGGAGGAUCGUCUUCCUCCUACGCAAGACCUUAUCCUCCAGCUGGCAUGUCCGCAGUUUCCUACGGGACAGCUGGCCAAUAUGGUAGGGCGGGCAACUCUCCCGUUUUCAGAUCUUUCGAUUCGUCCAGAGUCUCCCUAGACUCGAUGUCGUCUGAUCGCUUGUUCAAUUCAGCAGACAAUUCGGUGGACUCUAUGAUUAGCUAG